AGGACGUGUGACUAGUACGUUUGCAUACACAUUUUGCUGUGGAGUUACAUUGCAUUACUAUGAAAGUAGCAUACAGUGAGGAGCUUUUCACAAUAUGCAGAAAUAUUCUUCAAAUGUCAACUCAAAGAGCAGCAUCAAGAAUUUUACUCCAAGAGGAAUCGAGAUCAGUGCAAAAUCUUCACAGCUAGGGAAAAGGCUAUGACAGAAAACAGCUCGAAAGUAUGGUAUAUGGUUUAGAUACAAUAAAUAUGCUGAUCAAUAUUUUAGAAUAAGACUGAAUGUAACCACAGCUACUGAGCUUGUUCAACGAAAAAUACAACCCAUACUAGAAAGACCAAUUUCAGAGACAGGGUUAAAAAGGCUGAUAAAUAAUGGGCCUUUCGACUGUUCAUUUCAGGAGUAGAUGUAGCCUGAGAAGUUAAUAGAUCAAGGGUGAAUUUUAGUGUGUUGAGUGGCUUCUCUACGAUUGACUGCAUAUAAGAUUGUGAAAAAAGCAGUGUGACUCAGAAUUGUUAAUUUGCAUUAGGUUUGGCUUAAUAACACAUGGCCUUCCUUGAACCAGUUAAUUGACCCCAGUUUGAAAACUGAGCAGUUAAAUUGUCAGUGACAUCUUCCCAUCUGUUGUUUUGUGUUGUCACAAAACAAGUUACAGUAAGGACUUCUUGUUCCUGUUUCAGUCAAUGAAAGCCAGCACAUAGACCUUUCUGGAAAGGAAGAAUUUAAAGACUUCAGAAACGUGGCAUUGGUUCCCAUGGAAACAUCAUCAUCAGAUGAUAGCUGUGAUAGUUUUGCUUCAGACAAUUUUACGAACAGUAAAGCUAAAUUCAGAGCAGAGAUUCUGACUGACGAAUUGGCUCAGAUUUUUAAUGAGGAUUCUGACAACGAAUCAUUUGAUGGUUUUUCUGAAAGUGACCUCAAAGAUGUUAUGGAAGCAAUGAGUGUUGAAUCAUCUGAAUCAGAAGAAGAAAUAACUUAUGAAGAUAAUGAUGUAAAAUCUGCAAAGAAUGUCAAAACACGGAGCAAACAAUCUUUCCCAAUACGUGUGGCAUUCAGAUUUCCAUCUCAGAAGAACAAAAUUCUGCCAAUACCGGACUCUUGUGCUGCUUUAAAUAGGGAUUCAGCUUCUGAAUCUGAUUCUGAUGUGGAUGAACCCAGAGGAACAAGCUUUCUUGAGAAGAGAGCUCUAAACAUUAAGGAAAACAAAGCUAUGCUGGCCAAAUUGAUAGCAGAGCUGAAGACUGUUCCAGGACUUCUGCCACGCAGAGUUUCAGUUCAAGGAACACCAUCAAAACCAAAACGUCCACCGAGAAAUGCAUUCUCAGAAGAUGCUUCUAGACGAAAUCCUGAACGGUGUGCUAGGCCUCACACUCGAUCGAGAUCUUUGAUUGAUGGCCCUCCUUCUCCAUCAUUUGAGCAAGAAGAUAAUGUCAGCUUUAUGAGGAAAAGAAAGUUUCUGGAUAAUGACUUCUCUGAGGAUGAAGUGCCUCUUCGCAGAAGAAGUCGACCCAACAUUCUUACCAUUCCACAUGUGGUUCGAUCAGUUGAGGACAUAACGCAAGAGGAGUUGGAAAAUAUUUCCUUCUCAGCUAAAGACAAAAUUUAUAGUCGAACCUCAGGUUCCACUUGCCACCAAUGCCGUCAGAAGACUAUCGAUACGAAAACCAAUUGUCGAAAUCCAGAAUGCGUAGGAGUCCGUGGACAGUUCUGUGGACCAUGUCUUCGCAAUCGCUAUGGUGAAUUUGUUAGGACUGCUUUAUUGGAUGCUAACUGGCAUUGUCCACCUUGUAGAGGAAUCUGCAAUUGUAGCUUCUGCCGACAACGUGAAGGUCGCCGUGCUACAGGUGUUCUUGUUUACCUGGCCAAAUAUCAUGGCUAUGACAAUGUUCAUGCUUACUUGAAUAGCCUGAAGAAAGAACUUCAAAUGGAAGAUUAACAAGCUACAGUGAACCAGUUUCGUGGAAGCAAAUCAAAUCCUUUGAUAAAUUUACUUAGCUUUCAAAAUCCAUACCUGUUUUAAACAAUUUUUGCUAAAUUCCUGGGCUAGAUUUACAAAAAAAAUGCUUUAACAUAGAUCUUCAUUUACAAAAUUUUGGAUAAUGAACAUAACUUGCGUUAUUGUAAUGGGAGGGGAGGUGAUACUAAUUUUUUGCACAUGCUCAGAUUUGCAAAUGUGAUUGUUCAAUUUUAGUUUGACACAACAAGCUAGAAUGAUUAUAGGAUAUUGGCAGCAAAAAAAUCUUGCACAGUAGCAUGCUUAUGACAGUACAUAAAUCCUUCAGUCAUCUGUCAUUUAUUCUUUGAUAGCCCCUUUUCUAUAAUAGUCCUUUUUUAUAUCCAGCUGCUCACUUGUAAGUGUCAAAUCAUUCUUGGAUUUAAGUCAAGCCAAUUCCUCAACAAAAUCUUAAACUCAUUUUGGUUCAGAAAUAUUCCACAGAUUGACUUUCACUAAAUUCUGCAGUUGGAUUUUGAAGUCUCAUUUCAAGGUUAACACAUUAAUUAUGUGUCAGUAAAUUUUGCUACUUCUUAGCUUCUAUCAAGAUUUAUACUGCCACAGAACUUUCUACAUGGAAUUGAUGUGAUUGUUUGUUUAGCCACUUUGGUGCAAGCACUUAGCCAUACUAAUGCUCCAUGUUCUUAGGGUGCAAGUGGAAUGUCUGAAAUUGCAACCUAGCCCUUCCCACUCUUGCAGUGUGAGAGUGGGAUUUACAUCACAAAAUGCACUCUUGUUGAAGCCAUACAAAAUUGAGCAAAUUUGCAUGUAAAAGGUACUUGAAUGCCUGGGAAGGAGGGUGAAGUAUUUGCUGUUUUGCAUUUUAAUGUUAUAAUAUUUUGCCACUUGUUAGGAUUGAUUUUUGCGGUCUGUUAGUAAUGCUGGAUAUCUGCAAUAUAACAAAUGAAUUUAAGCAGAAACUAUCAAUCGGGAUUGGUGUAAAUUAUGAAGUAUUAACAAACAUCACUUGCCAAAUUGCAGUCAUAGGUUUGCUAGUGGUAACAAGUGUUUAAAUUUUUUUAAUGUUCUAAAUAUAUUAUAAAAUACUUUAUUUUUGAAUAUUUUUAAUUGUGCAAAUACUUUAAUCAGAAUUCAGCUGGGUAUAUAAAUAACCGAGCUGGCAAAUACUGACAGAUUUACGUCUUGUAAUACACUCCUGGAAUUUAAUAGUUAACUGUUGCUAAUGAUUCAUGAAAGCCAGAAAGAGUGGCAGCUUAAUAUAGGAAGAAAUGUAUGAAAUUAAACCCCUCAACUUUAAUGGAGGUAUAUUCCAGUAAGUAUUAUAAUUGCAUGUGCCAUGAAAUUAUUUUUUUGUUUCCUAAUCCAAUAGAGUCACUACUCAGGGUUUCCACAGAUAUGGUAAUCAGGAAAAUAGAUAAAUUUCAAUACAAAGUUUCUCAAAAGUUUACAACUGCCAGACUUUAUUGAAUUUUGAGGAAAAAAACUGCUGUCUGAACUUUAAUGAAGGAAUGUUAAUAACUGCAUAUUUAUCUUUAAUAAUAUUCCUAAUUGGCUGAAUGUGAGACAAAGCAGACAUGUAAGUGAAAAAUACUAAAACUUAUUUAAAAUCACGCUGAGCUUUGAACAUUUGUUGAAACCUCUAUGGCUACAGCUGGGUAACAAAUUGAGGAACAAUAGCAGUUUUUAUGGUAGAUUCUAUUCUCAGGUCUAUAACACAGCCUGUAAACAACAAGUUUUAUUACUGGCUGUACAACAUACUCAGGUGGCAAAAGAAACACUUGUCACUUUUUAGUUCAUCAUACUUGAAUUGCAAUCAUAAACUUGUGCACCUUUUCAGGUUGAAAGUGAAAUGGUCUGAUAUUAUGUUCCUUUUAUAAUGGUGACUAUGCUUUUCAGAAUUACUGGUCAAGUAUGUGGUUGGAUUACAAGUACAAUCAACCUGCAACAAAUACCCAAGGUCAUCUUUCCCAAUAACAUAAAAACUUAAACACACAAUAAUAAUGCAACACCAGCAAGAAUCCAUUUUGUUGUUCUCUCUUUUGUUUUCAAAUUGAAAGUGCAAAUAUAGGUAGGUCCUCUAAACUUUGUCUUAUAAACAGGACAUUCAUAAAUAUUUCUCAUUUCCUGUCUGUCAUUGGGGAUUGCUUUAACAAAUAUAACAGGCAUCAGAGGUGUCAGUUCUUUCAACCAGGCUUCUGCUAUAUGGCCAUUUUGAAUGUCCCACCGUGCUCCUGUCACAUAACAAGGAAGAGACAAAGUAGGUUAUUUCACUGAAUGCACUGCAUUUUGGAAAUUAAACAGACAUUAAAAAUUACACAAAUUAAGUGCAUUAUCCUCAUGUUGUUUACCUUCCAUAUAGAGUCCAGAAAUGUAUGCUCCUUCUCUAGCAGGCUGUGUAAAGUCUUCCUUCAGUUUCUUAGUGACAUCUACUAUCAGGUGCAUCUUAUCCAGGGGCCACUCAUUUUUCCUUGCCAAACUUUGCAUUACAGCUGAAAUAAAUUUUCAAAAAUUUAUGUUGUUCUAAAUAUAACAUGGAAGUCAUGUAUUGCAAGAUAACUUUGCACAGAAUCUCAAAUGUUUGUUUUGACUAUGCUGGUAGGGAAAAUUUUGAACAUUAGAUGUGAAAUGUCUUGCAUUCAAGUUGCUUUUUUUCACCUAGUGAUGAUAACAGUAUUGUAUCAAAAUAAAGUAUGAAUGCUACAGGUUUAAUGCAUAUGGACUAGUCUUGCAAAUUGC